UCAUGCUUUUCCAUGGUCAGACCACAUCCUUUGAGUCUAACACAUAAAGACAAGUGUCACGGUGGGUUUCAGUGCAGACGUCUUCAGAUCAAAGAGAGCGAUAAGAAGAAAUGUUGUGCCUGAGGGAUCUCUGUGUUCUUAUCUCAUGUGGGCUUCUUCUCAUUGUCCAGUCAAGUCAUGGCUCAGAGAUUAUUGGAGGGAAAGAAGUGACUCCACACUCGAUGCCUUACAUGGCUCUGCUGACUGGAAAGAAACUAUGUGGAGGGAUACUGAUCAAUCCAAAAUGGGUUCUGACUGCUGCACACUGUGACAAGAUUAAGAAAGUGUUGCUGGGGGUCCACGCACUCAAAAAGGAGAAACACUCCAGGCAGGUCCGAAAGGUGAAGAGACGUGUUCCUCAUCCAGACUUUAAUAAGAAAACAGCUGUCAAUGACCUCAUGUUACUGGAGCUCCAGACACCAGUGACGAAAACCGAGUCGGUGGAAUGGCGUAAGUUGGGUGAAACCGUCAGAGAUCCAGCAGCUGGGAAACACUGUCUGGUGGCUGGAUGGGGAGAAACGAAAAAGAAGAUGUCAGCUGUCCUGAUGUCUGUCAAUGUGACUGUCAUCGACAGAGUAGCCUGCAACUCUGACAAACAUUACAACCGUAAACCUGUUAUCACCAGUGACAUGAUAUGUGCUGGUUCAACUGGUAAAGAAAUGGCUGAUACCUGCAGAGGGGAUUCAGGAGGCCCGUUUUUGUGUGACAGACAAUUAGUUGGAGUGACCUCUUUUGGAGGUAAGAAGUGUGGUGACAAGAAAGAAGUUGGAGUGUACUCUUUUCUCUCCAAAAAGCACCUCAAGUGGAUCAGAGAAACAGUGGGGAUGUCUGAAAUUUAG